GCUUUAUAUAAAGCUGCACUCUUCCCACUUCCUCUCUAUCGUUUCUCUGUUCUGUUCAAAUCCAUCCGUUUUCAACCUCUGAUUUUCACGUUAAAAAUAUAGAGGAUAAAGAGCUGAAUGCUUUUGUUUUUUUUUAAAUUGAGCGGUGUUUGUGAGAUCAAAUUGUGGAAAUCCAACUGUCAAUUAAAAUUUGGAUGAAUGCAAGCUGAAUCUGCUCAAAGAUGCUCGAAACCUGAUCAGUUUGUUUAGUUAUUACCCAUUUCUUAUAUGUUAUGUUUCUAGAUUCGUACGAGUUCGAUUAUUAAUUGUUUUUCACAAAAGAGAUAAUAAUCUGAAAAAUCCGUUGAAAUUCAUACAUUUGACGGUUGAAGUUACGAUUGUUAGGGAUCGGUUUAGUACGAGCUGAAUCUGUUGGGAUUUGAACGGAAAUCUGAUCGGUUCCAAUGUAUGGUGAUGGUGACUCAUCCGAUGCGAUUGCGAGAGAUAUGAAUUCACUGCUGCAUUCCUCUACUUUUAAGCAUCCUCCGGAGGGUGAGUUUGCGGAGAUUAAGGAGUUGAUUUCUUCCGAUUCUUCUUAUUCCGAUUACAAUCAUCAUGAUGAUGAGCAUAAUCACAAUUACAGCCGGAAUCAAAAUCAAGGCAGACAAAUUGAAAGCUCGUUAAUGCGUUACCGUUCUGCUCCGAGCUCCUUCUACGCGAGUCUCCUCGACGAAAACGGAUGCGAUGAUUUUCUUGCUCCCGUAGAGACCUCGAAUCACACGAGGGAAAAGUUCUUCUCCAGCGGACAGCAUCAUCAACAUGUGUUUCAAUCGGAUUCGCAUGAUUUUAUACGGUAUGCAUCCAACAUAGAUUCAAAAGAAGAGGGGAUUAAUCCGAAGUUAAAUCACACGCAGAUUUCUAAUCCCAUCUUCGGUGGUAACUCACAUCAAAUGUCUCAUGUACAACCACCGAGUAACAGCUACAAUCAUCAUACUAAUACUAAUCAUAAUCAAAUGGGGAGCUCGUCAACACUUAGAACGAUGAAUCUAACGACCUCAAAUCUCAUCAGACAAAGUAGCUCUCCAGCUGGAUUUUUGUCCUCCUUGAACGCUGAAACUGGCUUCGCGGGAAUGAGUGAUGUGGGGAAACCUAUUUCUUCAAGUAGGUUAAAUAAUCGUAUUAGUUUCUCAUCAGUUUCAUCUUCUUCUCCACCAUUCUUGCCUCAAAUUUCUGAAAACAAGAAUGAUUCCACAUUCAAGAGCUUAAAAAGGACAAGAGAUAGUGAUUCAAUGAUGUUUCCUAGCUCGAUAACAUCGGACAUUGAGAAUGGAUCCUCUAGACAUUAUUCCCCUCGUUUGGUCCAUCAUAUGAGCUUGCCAAAAACUUCUUCUGAAAUGGCGACUGCUGAAAAGUUCUUGAGAUUCGAACAAGACUCGACUCCAUGCAAGAUACGUGCCAAGAGAGGAUGUGCCACACACCCACGGAGUAUCGCUGAGAGGGUGAGAAGAACCAGAAUAAGCGAGAGAAUGAAGAAAAUACAAUCGCUUUUUCCUACCAUGGACAAGCAAACAAGCACAGCAGACAUGUUAGAUUUGGCUGUUCAAUAUAUUAAAGAUCUCCAAAAAGAAUUGAAGACUCUCAAUGAUGCUCGGGGAAGGUGUACAUGUUCAACUCAACAAUAACAGACAAAAAUAGAUCCAAGGGCUAUUGUGAAGCCAGGAGUCUAGAUUAAACUUAUUUGAUUUUGUCAUCUUUUAUUUAAGGAUUUCAUUUUGCUAUAGUGUGAGAAUAAGCGAAUAAGAGGAAAAGUAAGAGGGGAUCCAUAAAAUGGAGGUAAAUGUUGUAAAUGAAUUAUAAAUUUUUUGUAGACAAUGUAGUUUAGGCCUAUUAUAUAAAACAUUCCCAA